AUGAAGUUUUGCAGCAUGAACGGACCAAGUGAAUCUGAAGUUGAAAGCUUACUUAUGAGUCCAUGCUGGGGUCCCACACAGAACGGCAGCCAAGAUCAAUAUCUGCUCGAUGGCCAUAAAUUACUGCUGGAGCACGAUCUGGAUUCGCUGCCCAGCGACACGGAACAGAAAAAUUCGCUAGAUGUGCUCGAUAAUCUGCUAUUGAAUACAUCCUCCCUGAAUGCGCUUUCCGACCUGAAACCACUACCACCGUUUACCGGCUAUACGGGACACUUGUCCAUAAAUGGCAUCUCGGGACAUCAUUAUCAUGCGAUCGCACAGAGGCUACCUGAUGAGAGUAACAACAAUUACAUACAAAGCGCCUACCAGACGAAUCACACGUCGACGACCGGUAAUGGCACGACGACCAUACAACUGGCGGCGGCGACGUCGGGCACAUCACCAUUACCAUCGAUGACGAGUGGUGGUGGCGGUGGUGGUGCCAACAGUCAUUGCUCUUCGGCCGAUCACAACAUAGUUUCCUCGUCUACGUGCUUGCCUGAAAGCGUUCUGAGUCCGGACGCGGACGCCUGCCUAAACGAUGUGAAACUGUUCGCUGAUAGUCAAUUAGAUAGUAAGCUGUAUUCAAUGGCCGACAGUUGUGUUAUGUCUGUAGGUGGCACGGCUGGUAUUGGUGGUGGCGGCGGUGGCGGUGCUGGCGGUGGCAUAGUCAACAAUGGCAACGGUAUGGUGGGCGGUGGCGACCAAGGCACGGAUUCGUUGCACAGUAGUGUACGAAUUUAUACCGACGCCAAAGAUUUGUCCGAAUAUGUAGAUAUGAACUCCAUAGAUGACAUUGCGGCCAUAAUUGGUUCGGCGAUAGCAGACACAACGGUGCCCAAUCAAUUAGAUAAGGAUGAUGGUAAUGACACGCGCGACUCAUGGAUGGACUUGGAUGCGUGGAUCGAUGGCAAUUGCAUACAGCAAGAUGGCAAACUGCUUGUGUCGCAACAGGAUACGCUUAGUGAAUUUAUCUUGCCACACUCGCCCGUGCAUCCGAGCUCUACGCUACAGAAUUUGCUCACGCACGGCUACAUGCCCUUCCUUCAGAAUCGCCUACAAAAUGGUCCACCACAACAACAACAGCACACGCAACAAGCAAAUGCAGCCACAAUGAAAAGUGAAGCGCCCAGUUCUACCUCAUACUGUAACGAGUUGCCGACAGCAACAUCCACCUCGAGUCCGCCAGGUUCCGUUGUCUCGACCACGGACAAUCUGAUGAUUAAUCCGCGCUAUCUCACAAAUCCACAGCCGUACCAAGUCUCCAUGUCUUCAAUGAAAUCCGACGGUCUCUGCAGUCCCGACAUGCUGGGCAAUUAUCCACACACGACGACCAUUACACCUACCAGUACGCCGAAAAGGAAACCUUCGCGCUCCCAAAAGAAAUCCAGUCAACAACAAGCGAAUGCACAGUCUAGCAGUAGCGGACUUGGACCGCAACAACUUAAUGCUAUUUCACCAUCGUCCGUCAACUUUAGCGCCAACGAUCUGUCUGGUCUGCUGGGGAAAGAGAAACCCGUGCAUCGGUGUAGUAUAUGUAAUCGGGGUUUUCUCAAUAAGAGUAACAUCAAGGUCCACCUGCGUACGCAUACGGGGGAGAAACCGUUCCGUUGUGAUGUUUGCGCCAAAGCGUUUCGACAGAAGGCGCACUUGCUCAAACAUCAACAGAUACAUAAGAGAAUUGGGCGUGACUGA